GGAAAGUGCUUCUUCUCUUUCUGUUCUUUAAUUUUUGUUAUUAUUAUUAUUAUUUUCUUGGGGAGUGGCUCUGCCUUCGUUUCUCCUUCUCCAGCUCACCCGUUUAGAUCGGAUCUAUUUGUUGCCACCACUUUUCUUCGUUGAUUUCACCUGCCGCCACUUGGCCUUCCUCUCAUCAGCCCCAGUGAGAAUUUCCCAUUUUUUCCUCACAGUUUCUUACAAUUUUUCUAUGGGAAAACAGAGAGAAACGGCAGGAAAGUUUUUGACCCUUUGAGCUCAUUCAUGGCUUAAAUUUGUUUACCGUGGUUUUUUGCUUCUGGUUUUGUUUUAAUGGGCAAUGUAACGUCGAGUGUUGCUGCGAAAUUUGCAUUUUUCCCUCCAGACCCGCCGACGUACGAUGUUUGCAGGGAACAGGAUGGGAGGCUUGUGUUUUCGGGAGUCACGGCUGACAAGAACAUGGACGUUCAUUUGCUUGACACCAAGGGUGGGAACAAGAUUGUUGCAACGUUUUGGAGACACCCUUUUGCCCGAUUCACCCUUCUGUAUUCUCAUGGAAACGCUGCCGAUUUGGGUCAGAUGCAGGAGCUUUUCAUUGAGCUCAGAGCACACCUGCGUGUUAACAUCAUGAGCUAUGAUUAUUCAGGAUAUGGAGGUUCUUCUGGUAGGCCAUCUGAGUUGAACACAUACUACGACAUAGAGGCUGUUUACGAUUGUUUGAAGAGCGAACAUGGAAUUAAGGAGGAGGAUCUUAUUUUAUAUGGCCAAUCUGUUGGGAGUGGACCCACAUUACACUUGGGUUCACGUUUACAGAAGUUGAGAGGUGUUGUGCUUCAUAGUGCAAUCCUCUCAGGCAUACGAGUCUUGUAUCCCGUCAAGAUGACCUUCUGGUUUGACAUUUUCAAAAAUAUAGACAAAAUACGGCAUGUCAGCUGCCCAGUUCUAGUUAUCCAUGGAACAAAUGACGACAUAGUUGAUUGGUCUCACGGAAAGCGCUUGUGGGAACUUUCCAAGGAAAAAUACGAUCCCUUAUGGGUCAAGGGUGGGGGGCAUUGCAAUCUUGAAACUUAUCCUGAAUACAUCAGGCACUUGAGAAAAUUCAUUAAUGCAAUGGAGAAAAUCUCAAUUACAAAACAGACAAAAACCCUUGCUCACAACUCAAGUAUGACGGAAGCCAAACACAACAAAUGCUUGAGAUUUGGAAGAAGAUAACUGGUUCUUUCUUAUCACUUGAGAAGUAGUGAUCUGAAUGAGCUAAUUACUCUGCAAGUGGAGACCUGUCUGAACUGAAAGGUAUGCUUGCUUCAUGGACCCUGUGCGUGGCAGCCAAGCUUCUUUGGCUCAGCCAGCCAGUGGGUACAAUACAUCUCUCAAAAUCAUGAAGUCAUAGGAAUCAUAUUUAGUCAUUUUGAUCCAGAUCCUGUUCAGGUUAACCAUUUUUGAUGUAGGAGCUCCUGCUGCUACCCUUACCAUUCACCGAGCAAAUGUUCUUUUAUCAGAGAAUCUGCAGUUACUUGCUUCUGGUCUCAAUUCCAUGUAUAAUCAACAAUGUUGAGUUCUGUGUAAAGAUGACCAUUCCAUAAGAAAAAAGGUAUAUAAUGGGUUAUUUUCUUUGUGAAAAUUCUUAUUCCAAUACAUAUAUAUUUGGGUUUUCCUUGCAAACAAUUGUUUCUCUUUAAAACAGAAUAUUAAAAUUUUCUUAAUUAUCAGGAUGCCCUCAAAGCCUUUGUUCUUUAA